GCGUGUGGCGGUGACCGUUGUGUUCCUUGGGUGGUCGUUCGGACCUGCUGCUCGUCUGAAGUCGGAGGAGGUGGAGAGUAAGAUGGAGAAGGUGGUCUGCAAGGAACACGGAACCCUAUGUUUGCUGAAGACUGGAGUGAGAGAUGGAGCUACCAAGGGAAAGAGUUUCUAUCUUUGUGCAAGUCAACAGAAUUCACCUUGUUCAUUUGUACAGCCUGCUGAUGUUCCUGUAUCUCACUGUCUGGUGCAUGAAGACUCGGUUGUGGAACUGCAAGCUAUUCACAAGAAAUCGGACACUCAGUCGUAUCGGUUGUACUAUCGCUGUAGUAAAGGAAAGGCAGAUAAUCUGAAAUGGUGUGGAAAUGUGCCUUGGCAGGAACCAAAUCCAAAUAUUUCAUCAACUGACAGAGAUGGGCAUCUUGAUGCACAACAGCAUUUCCUUUCUGUGAGUAAAGAGCGAAAUCCUUUUAGAGUUCCUACCAAGAAUCAGAGACCACCUUCUUUGUUUGCUCCUACUGAUAGUCGUAGUAACCAGGAUGCUGAGCCUGAAUCAGACAGGAAGCACAAUGGAGAUGUGAGCGAAUCGUUCCAUUUGGGUGGUUCACCACUAAUGUGCAAUGAGAAAGCAACAAAGAAGCCUCAUGAUGGGCUCAACAACAGUGAUGAGUUAUCUAAUAAGUCUGAAAAGCUUCAUGUUAAGGAUUUUGAGGAGACUCGGAAAGAAACAAGUCGUCACCUUAAGUGUGAUGCCAGAACAAGUGGCAUUGACUCUAGCAGAAAUCACUAUUUACCAUGUGAGCCCUUGCCAGCUGACAAAGGAAAGUUUUCAAAGUCGUCACGGAUAGCGGAAAAGGAUAAGAUACGACUAGAAUCUGUAAACUAUGUCCAUAAAGAAUUAUCUAAUCACUUGUCUCAUCAUGGAAACACUGCACAUUUGAAGAGGGAACAAGUGUCAAGCAGUAAAAGUGAAAAUGAAAAGUCGCUUAGCACUCAAAAAUGCAAUGUCAAGAGAAUAUCCCAAAAGACCGAGCCAACAGAUUUUCAGGAAAACCAUUUGCAGCGGAAGCAAACAACCAAAGUUGAGCAUGAUGCCAAUUCAGUUCUUGCUACACAUAACUCUGAUUCAAAUAAGCCAGCAAAUGAGGAAAGUGACUCUUGUGGACAAAUUGAUGCUGAGGUUCCUGCGAGCAUUGGAGCAGGAAAAAUCCAUACAACAUUAGAGCAAAGUACACCUGGCAGUCACUCAGUGGAUACCAAACAAAGCAUAACCACAAAGAAUCCAAAUACAAGUAAUAAACAAAGAACACUCACAGCCUUUCCUGGAUUUGAAUAUGUAUCGGCAAACACAGAAACUAAGAAUACGAUGGCACUGCACAACCAGCUGACUAUUCAACUUAAGCAGAAAAAGAAUAUGCUGAGAACAGUGAAUAUUACUGCCCUCCCUGAUAAAGGUCAAAGGUUAAUAAAUCAGGUCAAAGACUUGGAGGAUGCUCUAAGUGCACUGUGUCUGUCUGCUACAGAUGAACAAGAGAAAGGAGAAGAGAUGAAGAACGGACAGAGCAAUCCUUCCGACAAAACUGUCACCACCUUACGUAAACCAUUGCUCCAAGAGGAUCCAAAAUCUGCUGCAGUAGUACCACAUUUCAAUGAAGCUUCCUCCCUGGGCUCAAGUCAAUUUUCUAACCAGGUGUAUGGAGAUUUGCAGCAGCACAGCACACACAGUGGACAGAAAACUCAGGAUCAACUAUUCACCAUCAGAAAAGUAACCAGUGAGGCCAUUGAACAACUCCACAAAUCACUGGAGACUUGCCCAGGCACAUCUGAUGAGGCUGAAGAUCCACAAUAUCUCAAGGUCCCACUGCUAGUUCAUCAGAAACAAGCAUUGGCUUGGUUACUCUGGCGGGAGAAGCAAAAACCAUCUGGAGGCAUACUGGCGGAUGACAUGGGUUUGGGGAAAACUCUAACAAUGAUUGCACUCAUCUUGGCACAACGUUAUAAGGGGAAAAAGGAAGAGAAACUUCCAGAGGGGUGGAUCUCUAAAACUGAGAGCACUCUUGCCGUUUCUAAUGGAACACUCGUUAUUUGUCCAGCAUCUCUAAUCCACCACUGGAAAAUGGAAAUUGAGCGGCAUGUCUGUACUAGAAAACUAAGUAUAUACAUGUACCAUGGCUCAAACAGAGAGAAAUCAGCAAAGGUGCUUUCAGAAUUUGAUGUUGUUAUAACGACAUAUGGUCUUGUUGCAAAGGAGAUCCCAGUGAAGAAUGAAAAAGGAAAAUGCACAGCCAAAGAUGAGGAGGCAUCUUCUUUGGUUGAACCAAAAUCCUCACAUUCACCUCUGCUGAAGUUAGCUUGGGCUCGAAUCAUCCUGGAUGAAGCUCACAACAUUAAAAACCCCCAAGUUCAAACAUCAAUGGCAGUGUGCAAGCUCAAAGCUGGAGCUCGCUGGGCAAUCACAGGAACACCCAUUCAAAACAACCUCCUGGAUAUGUACUCCUUGCUCAAAUUCCUUCACUGCUCCCCAUUUGAUGACUUUAAGCUUUGGAAGAAUCAAGUGGACAAUGGGACUAGGAAGGGUGGUGAACGCCUCAACAUCAUCACAAAAAGCCUGCUAUUGCGAAGAAAGAAGGACCAACUUAACUCUAAUGGCAAGCCUCUGGUUGUCUUACCUCAAAGAUUUAAUCGAAGUCAUCGACUAAAAUUGUCAGAGGAUGAGGAGGCAGUUUAUUCUGUCUUGUAUGCUCGUUCCAGGUCAACUUUGCAGUCAUAUCUGAAGAGACAUGAGGGCAAAGAGCAUAAAGCUAAUUCAUCCCCUGGUGCAGAUAAUCCUUUCAACAGAGUAGGUCGAGAGUUUGGUAUUGAGUCUGUCAAUGGUGGACCUUCCUCGUCUCUCAAAGCCACACCCUCUUCAAGCACUGUCCACAUCUUAUCUUCACUGCUGAGGCUUCGGCAGUGUUGCUGUCACCUGUCUCUGUUAAAGACGACUCUCAAUCAAACUGAGAUGGAAUCUGAAGGUAUCACCCUCUCGCUGGAGGAGCAGAUGAAUGCGUUAUCAUUGUCGGAGGUCACAGCCUCUGACACCAAGUUGACCGUUACCCUAAAUGGAACCAGCUUCAAAGCAAACCUGUUUGAGAGCACCAGACAAAGCACCAAGAUCUCUGCACUACUAGAGGAAUUAAAACUAAUAAGAAGUAGCCCAGAACCCCAGAAAAGUGUAAUCAUUUCGCAGUGGACCAGUAUGCUGCAUGUGGUGGCAGGUCACUUGGAUCAAAUCAACUUGACCCAUGUUACCCUGGAUGGUACAGUGACUCCUAAACGCCGUAUGGACCUGGUGGAAGAAUUCAACACCAACCCUAAAGGACCUCAGGUCAUGUUGGUCUCCCUCUGUGCUGGUGGUGUGGGUUUGAAUCUCAUUGGAGGCAAUAAUCUUUUCCUGUUAGAUAUGCACUGGAACCCUGCGCUGGAGGAGCAGGCAUCAGAUCGAAUUUACCGUGUAGGGCAACGCAAGACUGUCACCGUGCACAGGUUUGUAUGUGAAGGAACUAUUGAGGACAAAAUCUUUGAACUUCAGGAGAAGAAGAAGGAGCUGGCAAAGAAAGUGCUGUCAGGGACUGGAGAAACAUUUACCAAGCUUACUCUAGCUGACCUUCGAAUCCUAUUUGGUGUCUGAGUCAGCGUUUAAGAGGAAAAUAGGCCUGCGGGCUAAUUUUUGAACAAUCUAACAUCACAGUCAAAGCUCAACAUGCAGGUUUUCAGAAAAUGCUACAAGAUUUCUAAAGCAUGUCAAACAUCUGAAUGCUGGCGUAUAAUUAUGAUAGCGUACAAAAGCUUCAUAUAUUAAAGACUUUUAUAUUUGGCAUAUACAUUUGCUUCAAAAGUGGGAAGUUCUCCCCACACACAAUUUGGUUAGAUCAACAAACUAAAGAUAAGGCAACAAAUUCAUCACUAAAGUUAGUUAUUUUGGUUAUUAUCUGCAUAAUACUAGGAUUUCACAAAUUGAUUUUGUUUUUAGCAUCAUUUAAGGUUGAAGCAGUUAAACCAUUCAUAAUAUUUAUAUUCAAAUAGAAUUGGUGAAUCAUGCAUUGUUAAUGUACUGAUGAGAGACUAAAUACAGCUCAAAUUGCAAUGUUAAUCAAUUUGGUUAGUGAUUAGACCUGCACUGUCAAAUUUAGGACAGAAGUGACAGUUCAGGCUUGUUGGACAACAGAUCAAACUUGGCUCAAUGCAUGUUUGGGGGUGGGGGAGAUUUAUUCUGCCUUUGCAAUGAGAGAACAUUCCCACCUUCCAUUUAUUCUCCAAUUGCUGUUCCAUGUGAGAAAUGUGAUCUUAAUUUCUCCUAUAUAAACAAACAAAUGUGCCAUUGCACUUCCUUUGCUUUGGCUACCUAGACGAAAGUGGGCUGGUUUACAUUUUUUUUAAGUCCCCAGUUUAUAACCAUGAUAAACUGCAGAAUUCAUCAUUCAAGUAUAAUGCACUGUUAGAUCUUUAGUUUAAAUUAAUUCUUCCACAAGUUCUAUCUGAAGAUCUUACAGAUCUUGCCAGCACUCCCACAUAAUCAUUAGUACUGAAAUGUGGGGGAAAAAUAUUGACUACCCAUGCAGUCAGAUUUGGCUAGCUAUACUGUUAUAGCAGAAAACUUUGUAUGCACCUAAAUAAGCAUUACAAUUUAAAAAUAUUGUCCAUCUAAUUUAUUACCAUGUAAUUUGUUGAAGGAGUUAAUAUUUUUUUAUUUUGCCUAAAAGCUUUGCAUUAGUGGUCAGUAAUGUGUAUUAUUGAUUCCUGCAGGUUGACAUUUACCUGUACUUACA